AUGACCAACGAAGGCUCCAAAAAAACUUGGUCCAAGGACCAGCUUUGGCCGGUUGUCUUUAGGGACGCCGAGCUUCCAACGUGGCUCGAACCACCGCAGUUCGCGGACCGAGUCGACGCCAAUUACACAGCGCUGCCGCUGCAUGCCCUAGCGGCUCAGUUGAAGCAACAGGGCCGAGAUCCGGUCAUGAAGCGGCUCCUAGCGGGCCCUCGUGCACGAGAGAAGAAGCCGAAGACUUCUAAGCCCGCCCAGAACGCCCAGACGGGUGAUAGCACGCUUCUCGACGCUGAAGUGUACAGCGAUCCCAAGCCAGUGGAUGAGGGUGUCGAAGACACCGACAAGGCCAUGGAAGACCUAGAAGUCAACCCCUCCUCGUGGCUGAAAACCCGCCCAAGCAAUUUGGACUUCAAUCCAGCACAACCGGCAGUCAUUUGCGGAAUUCGUCUUACAGACAAAUUCACAGCCAAGCCAGGCCAGCCUGUUCAAGGUGGCGCUUCACAAGUCGUGGGAGAUGAAGGACACUUGAAGCUCCUCACCUCUUGGCUGGCUGAAAAGGUCAUGCUUCUGGUUGGCGCAGCAAGUCAAUCUAGUCAAGCUGAGGAAGCGGCCAUGCGUUUGUACGAGCAUGCUCGAGACUUGUUCGAACCUGUGCUUCUAGAAACCACAGGCUGGAACGAGAUGGAGUCAAUCCGCUCGGAAACAGAGAAGCUCGAAGAGCUCGCAGCAGAGGCUACCCCUCGAGCCGAGUGGAAGAAGCACCGCCUAGCCGCCGAGCUGUAUGCUCGACUAUUCAAGCUCAUGGCCGAGACUCCGUCUCCGCGGGAUGUCCAAGUGCCAACACAGCUCGCCGCGACGUUGUCCAGACAUCAAGCGUUCACGUCUGCGACUGAACGAAUCAGCAACACUCUGAAUAGCAAUCCCAAAGCGUUCAGAAAUGAAGUCGCCGUCUUUCAAGGCAUGGCGAUAGCAGAGCUAGCCUCUGUCGAUGCUCGAGCGCAGCAGCAUGCAAAGGCCGCAAUGGCACGCCUGGAUACAUUCGAUAUCUCUGGCGCAAAGGAUUUCGAGUAG